GGAAAUCCACCCUAAAAAUCCCCUGGAGGAGGCAGCAGAUCAGCAGACAGCAGAGGAGACGCUCGGCCUCAGCAGCUCACAGCAUCGAGCAUUAAUGGACUGAUUACCAUCACAGUUUGGGGCGAUGUUCAGAUUUGUUUGCCAUGGAAAUGGAUAUGAUACCAAAAUUCUCCUCGAAAGACGAGGAAAUUGACUUCUGGAAGACUCUUUCCCUCAAGUACAAGAACAGCUGCCAGGAGGCUCAGGAGGAGCUGGUGGAGUUUCAGGAGGGCAGCAGGGAGCUGGAGGCUGAGCUGGAAACACAGCUGGGCCAGGCCGAGCAUCGUAUGAAGGACCUGCAGACCGAGAACCACAGACUCAAGAAUGAAGUGGAAAGUCUCAAGGACAAGCUGGAGCAUCAGUACUCUCAGAGCUACAAGCAGAUCUCCAUGCUGGAGGACGACCUCGGCCAAACACGCAGCAUCAAGGACCAGCUCCAUAAAUACGUCCGAGAGCUCGAGCAGUCCAAUGACGACUUGGAGAGAGCCAAAAGAGCUACCAUCGUGUCUCUGGAGAACUUCGAGCAGCGUCUGAACCAGGCCAUCGAGAGGAACGCCUUCCUGGAGAGUGAGCUGGACGAGAAGGAGUCUCUUCUGGUCUCCGUGCAAAGAUUAAAGGAUGAAGCCAGAGACUUGCGGCAGGAGCUGGCCGUUCGAGAGAGGCAGUCAGACGUGACCAGGAUGUCCGCUCCAAGUUCGCCCACACAGGACAACGUGAAGAUGGACACUGCUGUUCAGGCCUCUCUCUCGCUCCCUGCUACCCCGCUGAGCAAAGGUCUGGACAACGCCUUUGCCAACCCAACAGGGUUGUCAAAUGGAUACGGCAGCAACUCACCGCUGACACCCUCUGCGAGAAUAUCAGCCCUCAACAUCGUCAGUGAUUUACUCCGGAAAGUAGGGGCUCUGGAGUCGAAGCUUGCCGCCUGCAGGAACUUUGCCAAGGACCAGAGAGCGAGGAAGGCGUACGCUCUCGACAACGGCAACGUCCUCAACGCAAACACAGCCAACUACUCCCAAUCACUGCAUACGUCGUAUUUUGACAAAGCAAGGACCGUGAACGGACUGAAACCUGGAGCCCUGACAGCCAUCACCGCCCCUCCUGCUGCCUCCUCCCCAGGCUUAGUGCCCCUCCUGUGUGACGGUAACCACCUCCACCCUCCCCUUAAGCCUCCAACACACUGGGCCCAGACAAAGCGGGAACACAAAUGACUAAUACUGUAAAACUGUUGGUGUACUGUUACCCCGGACCCUUCUCCUCCGUCUGUCUGUCUGUAUAUUCCAUGUGUUACUGUAUCUGCUGUUUGCUCACUGGGUCGUACAAAGAUCUACGAUUCCUCGAGGAUCUCCCCUGAUUUGUGAAACGUGUGUACCAUAUCCUCUAAAAAAAAUAUUAUGCAAUUAAGAUGUGUUCUUAGCUGGAGAUGGCACAGUUAAAUAACUACUACUUUCACUAGCAAUAACUUCAAUUAAGGCCAAGUGCACUCUCACAUCCAUGACUGGAAGAUUAACAGGUUUAAUGUGUUUGCACAUGUGCAGAUAUCCUGGAUAAUUGUGUGCCAUCAAUUAUUGAUGUUUCAAAAUGUCCAACAGCCUCACAGGCUGAUGUUUUAAACAUUUCCUCCACCGUCUGUAUUGAAGGGGAGCCUUUGUGUCAUUGUAGUGAGUCAAACACACCAUCUGUCCUCUGAACUAUGUGACAUGACGUGUACAGUAUUGGUCAUAUUGAUCGUUAUUUAUAGACAGCCAUUUUACGUGACGCUGUCGUCGUGUUCAGAACAUUUAACCAGCGUUCUUGUAUUCUGUAGUUUUUCUUUACACAUUUUUAGUGUACACGAUAAACGAGUUAAGCACUUUGAUUUGUGGGAACUUUUUUUUUUCAUUCAAUGUUGCCUGUUUGAUAUAGUUUGUGGGUUUAAUUUAUUUCAGGUUUCUUUCACAGCAUGUUUUAAUAAUAAAGCUGUAAUUAUACUCCA